AGCGCGACAGCCCAUCUGCUCUUCCGCCGCCGGGAGCUGCGCAUGCGCACUUGCAUUGUGCAUCCUCUCGUUGAGGGCGGAGGCCGCCAUUUUGUUCACCUGGCCGAGCAGGACGUGCCGCCGAGAUGCCGCCGGAGCCGCCGGACCGGGACGUGUACCGAGAGCCGCCGCGCCGCACGCCGGCCGCCAACCCUCAGUCGGCCAUCCCCAACCCCAUCGACCUGAUCGAGAAGAUAUUCACCUACACGGUUGACGCGCCCGUCACGGCAUGGAGGAAUUUUAUGGAGCGCCAGCAUGCAAAACGCAAGUUCUACUAUUACCACCGGGAGUUCCGCCGUGUCCCGGACCUUACGGAGUGCCUGGAGGACGACUACGUGUGCUUCUUUGAAGCGGAAAUGCAGUGGGACAGAGACAAGAAAGUUGAUGAAGAAAUUGUGAAAAUUGUUCAGGAAAGAUUAGGAGCUUGUACGAUGCAGGAAGGAUCAAGCCACAUCCAGAAAUGUGCACGGGAGAUGCAGCAACUCAAAGAUGUAACCAAGGCCUACCAGACUAAAUAUGGAGAUAUAGGUUACCAUGGAAAUGCUCGGACAUGCUUAAUGAAGCAAAAGCAUCGCAUGAUCGCAGAAAGGAAAGUUCAGGCAGCUGCCCAGGCGGACCACUAAAAGACCCUCACGUGUGGGGGGGCAAGAUCGAUACUCAGCGUGCACGCUCAGUAUAACCACAGUACCAUACUGAGCUCUUGAACACGUUUUCAAACUUACUGAAGAAUCUGCAAAGCAGACUGAAGUGUGACAGUUGCUGGAAAGGAAAUAAAUUAUGUAACAAGA